GCCCAGGAUUAUUACUGGAGCCCCCCUUUCAACACACACACGGACAUACACACAACUUUUUUAUCGAACUCUUAUCAAGGAGACAAACUUGGGGUGAGCUAAGGAAAGAGCACAAUUUGUGGAUUUUUGAUAUUCUGUGUUUUGUUUGACCCUUUUUUAAAAUAUAUAUAUAUAUAUUUUAACUUAGUUAGCUUACUUUUUUGUUACCUUUCAUUUUUUGUCCCCCUCCUUAUCUUUCUGGAGGGCUGUGUGUUUGCAUGCGAUGGAUCACACACUCUUUGGCUGCCUCCGCAGCCCCCAUGCCACUGUGCAGGCCCUGCACCCUGCCUUCACCCAGUCUCCGCUGACUCUCCACGGACGCACGGACCACGUCUCCUACCCUGACCUGGCCUCUUCCACCGCCACCUCCUCUCCUUCGGCCUGCAUCAUCUCCGGCUAUCCCGGUGACGAGGGCCUGUUCGGCGGGCAUCACCACCAUCACCGUGGGCAUCACCCGGCACAGCAACAGCAGCAUCACCCGCCUCAGCACCAGGCUGGCUGGCACAUUCCACAGAUGCCCUCUCCUGGCAAUGCGAGCUCCCGCCACAACCUCUGCCACCCCCACCCCCACUCUCACUCGGCCCAGGACAGUGCCCUCGCACCCCCAGACCUAGGCACCCCUGGCAGGAACAGUCUCUGCGCCAGCACCCCCAACCUGGGCAGCAGCACCCCCACGGGGGCCAAUUGUGUGCCUGCAGACUUUGGAAGACAGACACUGUCACCUGCUGAGGCAGAGAAGAGAAAUGGCAAGAGGAAGAGUGACAGCUCAGAGUCCCAAGACGGGAAUUACAAGUCAGAUGUGAGCAGCAAACCCAGGAAGGAGCGGACGGCGUUCACCAAAGAGCAAAUCCGUGAGCUGGAGGCCGAGUUCGCCCAUCACAACUAUCUGACGAGACUGAGGCGCUACGAGAUAGCAGUCAACCUCGAUCUCACAGAGAGACAAGUAAAGGUGUGGUUCCAGAACAGGAGGAUGAAGUGGAAACGAGUAAAAGGAGGUCAACAGGGGGCUGUAGCGAGGGAAAAGGAACUGGUGAACGUGAAAAAGGGGACAUUGCUGCCGUCCGAAUUCUCCAGCAUAGCGGCUCUUCAUCACUCCACAGACUCCCUGGCCAAUGAGGACAGUCACGAAAGCGACCAGAGUUCUGAGCAUGCUCACUUAUGAUGCACAGCAGCAGGCCACUCCUACGCGAAGUGGGUUCAGCCUCACAUCUCAGGAACGUCCUUAAAAGGACAUGUUAUCUGGUCGUCAUUAGCAAAGUUUAACGAUGCUAAAUAAAUGUGUACAAAUGUACAAAGAAAUGACGUGUGUUACUUGAUCUAAGAAGAUACAUGUUAGGACGUUGGUUAAACUAAACUAAGAUCACCAAUACGUUUCAAGAACAGCGAACCCAACGCAGGAAUAUGAGAUAUUGCAAAAGGUCAAUGCACAUUCAGCAUACGUUACGAACGUGCCUGCACUCAACACUGCUCUUGGAAGCAGAACAUAUUCUUUGAAUAUUAGGACAGAUUCAGAAUUGGCCGAAUUGUUAUGAACAUUCCAUGUUGUGUGUCUUACAUUGAAAAGGGGGCAAGUUCAUGCUUUUGAUUUGCACUGUUGAACACUUGCCUCAAUUGGUUUCUACUGUUUGUCAUAAAAAUUGCGAUGUAAUCAAAUUAUUAUCAAGUGUGCAGGAGAAUCAAAUUUGCUCAGCUAAUAUACAGUAUACUCUGAACUUAAUUAUCUGUCAUUUUCUUACCUUCGCUCUAGCAAUCAUUUCUAAUACACACAUACUCACACAGUAAUAAACAUUUCUGAUGUUU